AUGGUGGUGGGUGCGUUCCCCAUGGCGAAGCUGCUAUACUUGGGCGUCCGGCAGAUCAGCAAGCCGCUUGCCAACCGCAUUAAGGAGGGCGCCCGCCGGAGCGAGUUCUUCAAGACCUAUGUCUGCCUCCCGCCGGCUCAGCUGUACCACUGGGUGGAGAUGCGGACCAAGAUGCGCAUCAUGGGAUUCCGGGGCACAACCAUCAAGCCGCUGAACGAGGAGGCGGCCGCCGAGCUGGGCGCCGAACUUCUGGGCGAGGCCACCAUCUUCAUCGUGGGCGGCGCCUGCGUGGUGCUGGAGUACUCGCGCCACCAGGCGCAGCAGCGCCGCAAGGAGGAGGAGCAGCGCGCCGCCUGGACCGAGAUGCAGGACGAGGUGGGCCGCCUGGCGCUGGCGCUCGAGGCGCUGCAGGCGCAGGUGCAGGCGCAGGAGGCGCCCAGGGCCCUGGAGGAGCUGCGGGCGCAGAUGCAAGAGGUGCGCGCCCAGCUCCUCGCCCGGGACGUGUAG